AUGGCGGCGGGAACGCUCUCCACAGCACACCACGGCCCUGUUGAGGACGAGGACGGCUCGCGACUUCUGCAAUCUGAGCUGGUCCGCCGCUUCCUGCGCGUCGUCGUUUUCAGAGGAGUGUUUAAAAUUGCACUAUCUAGAAUUACUUGUAGUCCCACGGUGGUGGUGGAGACGCUGGAAGCUGGUCCCCCAGUUGGCGGUCGAGGCUGCUGCAGCCCAGUUUCAGAGCCGGCGUGUGCAGGGGCGGGGGCGGCGGCGGCGGCGCGCUGGUGGCUGGUCGUGGCCGCCGCGCUGCUGGCGGCGCCGGCGCCGGCGCCCGCCGUCGUGCGUCCCGACGCCUCGGAGGCGUCGCAGGCGCCGGAGCGCAGCCCCGCGGACGAGUGCCAGCUGACGCCCGUCAUCCACGUGCUGCAGUACCCCGGCUGCGUGCCCAAGCCCAUCCCCAGCUUCGCCUGCACCGGCCGCUGCUCCAGCUACUUGCAGGUGUCGGGGUCCAAGAUCUGGCAGAUGGAGCGGUCGUGCAUGUGCUGCCAGGAGAGCGGCGAGCGCGAGGCCGGCGUCUCGCUCUUCUGCCCCAAGGCCAAGCCCGGCGAGCGCAAGUUCCGCAAGGUGUCGACGAAGGCGCCGCUGGAGUGCAUGUGCCGGCCGUGCACCGGCGUCGAGGAGUCGGCCGUCAUCCCGCAGGAGAUGGCCGGCUACCCGGACGACGGGCCGCUCGCCGCGCACUUCCGCAAGUCGCAGUAG